UGGCGUUAACGGCAGAAACGGCGGACGCCGGAGUGAUAGUUAUGGCGGCGUCGGCGACGACGGCGACCUCUAGCGUGGCGCCUGCUACAACUAGCGGGGAUGAGCCAAUGGAAGUUAAUAAAAUUAAAGCAAGACCGUUAGAACCGAAUAAGGAGAAUAAGGAUUGUUGGCGGUGUGGCAAAAAACAUGGGAAUUUCUGUAGGUUCAGAUAUAGUAGAUGUUAUGUAUGUAAAAGAAUGGGCCAUAUCGCAGAGGUAUGUUCGGAUACACGAGACAAAGGUAAGUCGAAGGAAUCAAGUCGACUUAAUGGAUUGUAUGAGGAUGUCUUGUGUAACUGGGUGUCAAACAAAGUGGUGGCUCCGUUUUAUGCGGAGGUGCAAUUAGAUGGUCGAUUAGUAAACUUGGAAGUCGACUGCGGAGCAGCAUAUACCAUGUUGAGAGAGAGUACAGCGAGGGAAAUUUGGAAUGGUAACCUGCCAAGUUUGGAUAAGUCAAAGGUUAGGUUGACGACCUGGACUGAAAAUCAGGUAGAGUUGCUGGGAGAAGCUGAAGUGGAUGUAAAAUUUAAAAAUAUACAUACAAAGUUAAAUUUGCUGAUUGCAAGAGGCAACGGACCAGAUUUGUUAGGCCGGGAUUGGUUUCCAAAUUUGGGUAUAGGCAUUCAUGGUAUUAAUAACGUACGGAUAGAAGAUGCAGGUAUAGAUACGUUAUUGGGAGAAUAUGAAGAAGUUUUCCAGUCUGGUUUAGGAAAAUACACCGGGCCAGUAGUAACCAUACCUCUGAAACCUGAUGCGAAACCAAAAUUUUUGAAAUGUAGGCCCGUGGCAUUUGCAAUUAAAGAAAGAGUUUUACAAGAAAUUGACAGAUUGGUUGAAGAAGAUGUGUUGGAACCUGUGAGCCAUUCGGAGUUUGCCAGCCCACCGUCCGACAGACCAUCUUUGAAGAAGAUAGCUCUCCAGGAAUAUGGUAGCACAGACAUAGAGUCUGAUAGUGGAGAUGAUGCUCACUAUAAUGCAGAUAGCCAAUAGUUAGAUAAUUAGUUACCAAUACUAUAAUAAUCCCAAAAGACUAUGAAAGCAUGUGUAGGGUAUAAGUGAACAAUAUAGAUUAAGUGAAUAGACAGUGUAGUGUAACGGACUUA